UGACACUUUAGUAGCCGGCAGUCCACGCGAAGUCCACGUAUGGCGAAUAUACUGAAAACUCAUCAAAGCGACUGGAAGUAUGUAUCAGAAGGCGGGGCCACGAUAGUUCUUUCUUACAUUGGCCCAUCGCGAAUCCCCUUCGAUGGAAAGGUUUUGAGGCUGAGGAAAUCCAAGCGUCAGCAUCCAGAGGUUGUCGACCAGUUGCGAGACUCACGUCUGGAUGAGGCGCCGGACGAUCCGACAAUCGAUUUUCAAUCAAAAUGUAUGGCAAGGCUUAUCCCACCAGAACACUUGCCUGACCUCGAGACCGUCCUUCUCGAUGACCAUUGGUUGGAACAACUCGCCUUACUUCAGGAUCCUCAUCGUCCUCAGAGUCGAAGAGAGGAGGAUGGCAUUGACUUCACCAGGAAAAAGGGAGUGUUGGCUACGGACUUGAUUGGAGGAAAUGAGCUGUCAGUCGAGAUUAAGCCAAAGUGGGGGUUCUUACCCCAACCCGCGCAUCUUUCGCUGGAUACUGGUCCCAUCAAAUUGCGGACAUGCCGAUUCUGCAUGCACAACAACCUUCGUGCUCAAAGAGGUCAAAGCCUGCCGAUGAAAUAUUGUCCGCUUGACCUGUUCUCAGGUGACAUCAACCGUGUUUCAAAGGCUAUCAGUAACCUGUGGGACUCUUGGUCGAAGAGCGAAAGUACCAUCAAUAAUCUCAAGAUUUUUGCCCGUGGAAAGCUUUUACAUCCCUCUCAAGUCAAUGAAAUGCUUUCCGAUCCCGGUGAUACUUCAGGGAGUUUGGAUCAUAUAAAAAGCGCUUUUACAUCGGCUCUACUGUGCUGUUUGAUGCAGACACCAGUCCUCCAAAUUCUGUCCAAGCUCCAACGAACCCUUGAUGUUCUUGACAUCGAAGGCUUAUCCAGUCUUUGGCGACGCACACUAUCAUCUCAUCCUUCCUUGGCCUCGGAGUCAGCGCCAGCCAUUCCGUUGGGCGUCAGCUCUCCGUUUCUGUCGUCGCCAGAGCCCAAUAUAAUCGAUUGGGAGACAUUUAUUGACAGUUUUCUGUCGCCGUUCAGUUCUGGCUUGGACCACCUACAGCCGAAGGCUGAGAACAUUCGUUAUUACCUCCUUGCCUAUCUACUCUCCGCAACCGUCAAAGACUGCUCUAUCAUUGUUCGUACCGACCUCUUACAACUCGGGAAGACUUCCUCCAAGCGUAAAAAUACGGAUUCUGUGACGGUGAUAGAUUUGGAUCCGAAAAAGAUGGACAAAUUGAAUAAAUGGGAAAAGUUGGAUGCAGAAAUUGUAAACGCCUAUCACAACAACGGGGGCAGCAAGAUUUGUAUUGAUGCUUGGCGAGGAUGAGACUUGAACUUGACACAAUCCUCCUCUUAGGGGUGGAGGCAAUAAGGGUAAUCAGGCCAUUAUUAAUUGUUCUGUACUACACACUCUUGGGAAUUCAAUUCUUUUCAGCUGGA